AUGAGCUUCGGCCCUUGUUCAUUUGGACAAGGGCGCAGCGAAGUGGCCGGCCUCUCCGGCCCCGCGGCGGAGUCAGUGCCCGCCGAUACUGACGUCUUGGGGCAGAGGGUACGUGACACACAGGACCUUCAGAGCUCCCUUGCCCACCUCAAGGAGAAUAGUCGAAACUCGCACGGGCUGCGGCAACGCCCGGUAUCGCCAGUGCAGCCUGUGGCUGCUGAUGUAUAUGGUGCCCGGCUACGAGCGACGCCUAAGGUGGAGCCUCACGAAGAAAAUUUCCCCUCGCUAACGCUAGAGGUGCCCGGUGGUCAAGAGGUGAAUGAGGCAUCCGAGAGUUGCACCUAUUCUGCCGCCACUGCAUCAGAGCCUGGCGCUGGUGAUUUGCGUCGUGGUGAGAGCGCUUGCCAACACUUGACAGAGAAUGUGGAGGGCGAAGAAGAGCAGUCGCCUAUUUCCAAAGGUGGGCCUAAUGAUGCUCAGAUGGCGCGUUCUUCUAGUUACUCCUUCUCAACAUACUUGCUGAGUACAUCAUUGAAGCGAUUGGAGGAGGAGUUGCACGCUCGGACACGACGGCCUGAAGAGAUCGGCUCGUGCUUCCCAGCGGUCGAUCAUGUGCCCGACAGCCCACUGGGCUCCUUCUUGUUGUGCACGCAGUUUGCUAAGGAAUUGGGCGCGUAUACAGAAAAAAUGACAAUGUACCAGAAUAUGCUCACAAGUGCCAUGGACACCGACACAGGUGUCAUUUUCGAUACCACAGAAAAAGAGACGAUUAACGGUCUUUUGAGGGAUAUACAAACCAUCGUGGAGAAACUCUACGUGACAUCAAAGGACACCCAAAAGAAGCUCGAUGCGUACAAUAUAACCGCAAAAAUGAUCGUGAAAAAGACAAGCGAGUGUGAGAAGCGAAUUAACCACCUCACGGAGGUGAAGGAGGCUGCGGCUUGUUCAAGACGAGAAGCUCUGCUUCAGACGUUAAUAGAACUUGGUGUGGAACGAGAAAUGACCAAGUCUAUUCUCCUAAAAUCAGGCUGCCGGGAGGAGGGGGUCACCAACGCACCGCGACCUAUUUGCUCCGUGGGGAUUGAGAGUGCAGAUGAAGAUGCCCCUGGCGGCUGCCUUGACUGCGAUUUCACUGUAGGCAAUAAUGUAUCACCACCACCACCACCACCACCGGCGGCGGGAGCGGAGGAAAAUAAACAGGCGGGCUCUGCGCUUGGUGCACCGUUGGUAUGGACGCCUGAAGGCGAUGAUGCUUCGAGGAGGAACUGGAUUUGUGACCAUGCCCUCGGGUACUUCUCCGACUGCAAAGACCCUCCAGCACCAGAGUGCCUCUGCACCAUGAUUGCACGUAUGCAGCCGCACGAGAUGGGGAAUGACGUGCUGCGGUCCCGGCGGCAGAUGUCUGUUGUUGUGCGUCUUAUUGACCGCUGUCCAGCUUCCCGGGAGUUCCGAAAUGUUUUUCUGGAGAAGCGAAUGGAGGCGAUGAAGAAAAUUCAGAUUGAAUUGGAGAGAGAGUGCUUCUCUUUAAAAGAGCGUCUUUUUGCAGAGCACUGCUGUUGA